AUGGAGAAGUUUCAAGAGAUCCUGAAGAAGAAACCCCAUUCCCCGAGAAGCAUGUUUAUGAUUGGACUUUGUUUGGACCGCUUGGCCUUCUACGAGAAGAGCAAUGCUUUGUUGGAUGAGUCCAUUACUAUCAUGACGAAAGCCGUCACCUUGGGGCCUUACGUGCCUGAUGAAUUGGCCAGGAGAAUUCUCCGGACUCUGUAUGACAAGAUGAAAUUCAGAGGACACAUCUUCAAGGGAAUUCCAAUUUUACUGAAAGCUGUGGAAAGGUUUCCCAAUGAGAGGGAAUGGAGGCAUUACUUGAUUGUCGCCUACUUGACCCUGGGAAGAAAUGAUGAUGCCCGGUUGAUUCUGCAGGAGUCUUUGAGAACCUGGCCUGACGAUGGCUUUGCAAAAGUUCACUAUGGAUUUUUGCUGAAACUAGUGGACAAGAAUUACAAAGCAGCUGCGAGAUAUAUGCAAGAUGGAAUAGACACCAGAGACCCCGGAACAUUGGAUGGUCGCUUUUUCUACCAUCUUGGAGACGCGUACAUGCGAUUGGGGAAUGCGGAGAAGGAAGCAGCUAUUUACAAGCAGGGAAAGAAGGAGGGUUUGUUUCUGUCUGAGAUGCAGAGAUCGUUGCACAAUGUGGACAGAUUGACGGGAAGGCCCUGGUGGACCAAGGAACAAACUGGAUACAAGCAGGACUUGGAUAAAAUGUCUGCCGAAUGGAGAAUAAUUCGAAAGGAGGGAUUGAAUGCUUUGGCGCUGAAGAAGAAUGGAUUCAAAGACGAAAGUGAAACUCUGAAGGACAAAGGAGACUGGAAAGAAUUCAUGCUUUGGGCCAGAGGAAAGAAGGUGGAAGAAAACUGCAAGAAGGCUCCAUUGACUUGCGGUAUGGUUGAGAAAUUCAAAGCAGCGUCCAGCUGCAAGCAAGGACAGGUGAAGUUUAGCGUCAUGAAGCCUGGGACUCAUGUGUGGGCCCACACUGGGCCAACCAACGCGAGGAUCAGGGCCCACUUGGGUCUUGCCGGUGUUCCUGGUGCGAAAAUCCGGGUUGGGAAUGAAACCAGGGAAUGGAUUGAAGGAGACUUCAUCGUCUUCGAUGACUCAUUUGAGCACGAAGUUUGGCAUGAAGGGGAGAAGACUCGACUGGUGCUCAUCGUGGACAUGUGGCACCCUGAACUCACAGACGACGAGAAAGCGAAUCUCAGUCCCAUUUGAAGAGAAAAAAGACGGAAACAAAUCGUGAUGCAUUUUUUUUUUUUUGGUGGUGAAGAAAGAAUAAGGAAAAAAAUUCGUUCAGAGCUGCUGACAUUUUGAGGGUUGAGGGAAAAAAAGAGGGAGAGAACCUUGUGCAAUGCGGGUUCCGAACCCGCCGCGUUAUUUUGCUCUCAAGGGAUCGAGAAUCUGUGUACGGUACUUCUUCGGCAAGAAAUUUUAUGUGUUUCAACUUACGAAAAAAAAAAUUGUGAAUCCCCCAAAAAGCAAAGGAAAAUGUCUGCAGUGAAAGUUUGCCUUGUCCAGAGCAAAAGAUGUUAUGUGUUAUUUUAUUUUUUUCUCUCCUGAAAUAGUUGAACAAUAUUUGUUCAAAAUUUGUGAUCGAGUUCCGUACCAUGAAAAAGAAAUAUCUCGAGUUCAGAGAUCUUGCCUCAGAAACUGCUGGAAAACCUUGUUCAUGUUUGUUUCCUUGUUGUUUCAAGAAAUGCCGAGGCUUUCCUUAAUAUUUUGAACGUGAGAAGAAGCAACCGUUUUAAGGCUCGUCGGAUAUUAUGGUGCUGAAGCACUUGCGAAAUUCCCCCGUUUUGUUUUUGUCUACCAAACCCUGUGUAGCUCAUGUCCAAGCAAGUCUUCGGGGAUGAGGGAAUGUGAAAGGGCCUUUGAUCAAGUUAUAGCUCAUUGGGUUGAAAAUACAAAAGGACCUCUUGCUUAAAAA